UUUAGACUCAGUGACAGCAUGUCAAUGGCCGCAGAUGCGUCCGACUGGAAGGGUCUGAGAUACAAACCAACGCUGCUCUAUGGCGAGUACCAGGAGCAACAAAGAGGUCCCGACGAGCGGGAGGCCAGGCGGCUGCUGACAGAGCAACAAAUCAAAAAGCAUGGCCACCAUCCUAAGGCCCGUCUGCAGGGGUAUAGCCGCGGGAGUCAAAAUGGCUUCCAGGGCCACCGACGCAGCUUCCAGCAGAAUUGGCAGAAGAAGCGGGGGCAGUCAGGCGUGGCGGCGGACGCUGCCGAGGGUCCAAGUUCCGAGUCUAAACUAAGUUCCUCAAUAAAGAACAGACGCACCUACUCCAAGUGUAGAGAUUGCGUCGUCCAUGUGCAGAACUUCCUGGUGAACCGGGUUGGAGAAGACUGGAUCUUCUUGGUCCUUCUCGGCAUCACCAUGGCACUAGUGAGCUGGACCAUGGACUACACCAGCGCCAAGAGUCUGCAAGCCUACAAGUGGAUCCACGACCAGCUGAGCGAGAACGUCCCCAUGCAGUUUGUGGCCUGGGUAUCCUACCCGAUGGUCCUCAUCCUCUUCUCCUCUGUCUUCUGUCAGCUAAUCGCUCCUCAAGCUGUCGGUUCAGGCAUCCCAGAGCUGAAGACCAUCCUGAGAGGUGUGGUCCUGAAGGAGUAUCUGACCUUAAGAGCCUUCGUGGCUAAGGUUAUUGGUCUGACGGCCACGCUGGGCAGCGGCAUGCCGGUUGGCAAAGAGGGUCCGUUUGUGCACAUCGCCAGUAUCUGUGCCGCCGUGCUCUGCAGGUUCAUGUCCUUCUUUUCUGACAUCUACCAGAACCCAAACUGUUACGCCGACAUCUUGACAGUGGGCUGCGCUGUAGGAGUGGGCUGCUGUUUCGGAACACCGCUUGGAGGUGUGCUCUUCAGCAUCGAGGUCACGUCCACCUACUUUGCCGUCAGAAACUAUUGGAGGGGAUAUUUUGCCGCCACAUUCAGCGCCUUCAUAUUCAGAGUUUUAUCUGUCUUCAACAAAGAUGCUGGCACCAUCACUGCUCUCUUCAGGACAAACUUCAGACUGGAUUUCCCCUUUGACCUCCAGGAGCUUCCUGCCUUUGCCAUCAUUGGCAUCACCUGCGGGUUCCUGGGGGCGUUCUUUGUCUACCUCAACAGACAGGUGGUGCAGCUGAUGAGACGGCCCAACGCCGUCACACGUUUCCUCAACAAACACCGUCUGGUCUUUCCUGCCGGGGUCACCCUGCUGAUCGCCACGCUGACCUUCCCUGCCGGGUUUGGACAGUUCAUGGCCGGAGAGCUGAUGCCCAGGGAUUGCAUCAACUCUCUGUUUGACAACUUCACUUGGACUAAGAUCUCCACGUCACCACCAGCGGGCCUGGGCCUGUCCAGGGCGUGGCUUCACCCCGACGUCAGCGUCUUCGUCAUCUUGCUGCUCUUCUUCCUCAUGAAGUUUUGGAUGUCGGCGGUGGCGACGGCCAUGCCCGUCCCGUCUGGAGCCUUCAUGCCCGUCUUCAUCCUGGGGGCCGCCUUUGGCCGCUUGGUGGGGGAGGUCAUGGCCGCCAUCUUUCCUCAGGGCAUCGUCUUUGACGGCAUCCUUUACCGCAUCAUCCCUGGAGGUUACGCUGUCAUUGGGGCGGCGGCCUUGAGCGGGGCAGUGACCCACACGGUGUCCACGGCGGUGAUCUGCUUCGAGCUGACGGGUCAGAUCUCCCACGUGCUGCCUAUGAUGGUGGCGGUGAUCCUGGCCAACAUGGUGGCUCAGGGCCUGCAGCCCUCGCUCUACGACUCCAUCAUUCAGGUCAAGAAGCUGCCAUACCUGCCCGAGCUCGGCUUCCGUCACGUCAGCCUCUACAACAUCUUUGUGGAGGACAUCAUGGUGAGGGAGGUGAAGUCCAUCUCCUGCCAGUCCACCUACAGGGAAGUCCAACUCUUGCUCGACUCGUCCUCGCUGGAAACCAUCCCUCUGGUCGCCUCCAAAGACUCGAUGAUCCUGCUGGGAAGCAUCGACCGUGUGGAGCUGCUGGCGCUCUGCGAUUGGUGGUUGUCGCCCGAGAGACGCCAACUGAUGCAGGAACCCGACCAGAGGAAGGAUAUUCCAUCGGCCACAAUCAGCGGGGAACAGGAGGGCGACAAGGGGGGCGCCGUGCGACCGGAGAGGAACGGUCCACUUCCUCCUGGCGUACAUCAGGACUCCUACUCCACUCUUCCACUUCCUGGAUGCUCGGGUCCCCUGUCGUCUUUUGUCUCGUUUCUUGACGUAGACAAACGUGUGAGGCGAACACUCAGGAGCUUCAUCAGCCUGCAGCAAGGCCGUGCAGAGCGUUCCCUUCAGGAGCCCCGCCCCCCUCUUGGUUCAAUCACCACGUCACCAGAAGAAGUCAAAGCGUGGGAAGAGGCAGAGAUGGACAAGCCCAUGGAGAUCGAUGAGAUCCGAGUUGACCCCUCCCCCUUCCAACUGGUGGAGAGAACGUCGCUGCACAAGACACACACGCUCUUCUCCCUGCUGGGCCUAAGCCACGCCUACGUGACCAGCAUUGGCAAGCUGGUGGGCGUGGUGGCAUUGAAGGAGCUCCAGAAGGCCAUAGAGGGCUCCUCCCACUCCGGCGUGCGGCUACGCCCUCCGCUCGCCAGCCUCCACAAGAUAAUAAGCAGCCAUAACGCUGUCUCAAGCCCCACCCUUUCCUCAUCUUCGCCGGGCGCCACAAGCCCCACCAACCAACCGCACACAUACCUCGGCGAAGGCGGGGUGGAGACGUGCCAGGUGGACUGAGGCGAGGGCGACCGCAACAACUCUGAAAAGCAUCGGGACGGGGGCGGAGACAGCGGGGAGGAGCAGAUGGUGUGAGGAAGUGAAACAGGAAGUGACAUUUUAAAGCUGGCGACUUUUCAUUUUGCGCACUUCCGUACUUACACUCAGCAUUUUGACUUGAAGUGAAUUAAUUAACUGGUAUUAUGUUCUACAUAUGGUGAAUGUUUAUAUUCACCUUGGCGAAAGCAAACCACCAAGUUUAAGUGAAUAGUGUGAUAAUUUAGUUUGAGCACAUAAUAAGAUAAGGCCCCUUAGUUUGACAUACGCAGGUGGAUUGGAUCACUUCUCGUAGGAAAGAGGCCCUAAUUGGGACUUCGGAAUGCAAAAGUGAUAACCAUAUCCUUGAGAAAAGACUACCUGUCUAGCUCAACGCCAACAUUUGAGUUAUGACUUAACCUCUAAAGGCUUAGUUGGCCACAUGCGUGGACAGCACCUUUUAGCUCUUAUUUCCAAAAUUGUGUACACUACUGAAUUGUGGUCUUAUGUGCUUAUGUGGACACUUAUAUUGCCAUCUAGUGGUGUCAGAAGAGUAUAACAUACAAUGGAAUUUGGGGGGGAAAAAAUGUAAAAAUAAGAAUUAGCAUGUCACUAAACAUGAAGUACACGUUUGUUACUUAUGGACUAAGUACAUCAUAUAAAAAGAUGAUUCUUAGUUUUUAUUCUAAUUAGGGUCCAAUAAGCCCAAAUAGCAAAUAUAAAUUAAAAAAAAGCAUGUAAACAAACAGCUUGGGCCUUAAGAGGUUUU